AAUUGGGAUUUCGCAUAUUGACACUACUAAAAAUAGCAGAUAAAUAAUAUAUCUCCAUUGGAAUAAAUAGUCGCAUGAAUGUGCAUGAAUAUGUUGAUUAACUUAAAUGUUUUCUUUCAUAAAGGAUAUUGAUAAACAUCGUUCGGAUUUUAGUUUCGUUUUGCAGUCAUUGAAAUGUGUGCACAGUUUUAAAAGCAUGUGUAAAAGUGGAAAAUAUGUGUCUCAUGGGGAUCGACGAUUAUAAAAAAUGCUACGUUUGCUAAGAAGCAUUUCAAUACAGGGAACCAUGCGAUGAAAAUAUGACGUUUACCACACAAAAUGGCUGCCUCUGUAGAUACAUUUUCAACAAAAUGCAUUAUUCAUAAGAUACUUUGGAAUCGACCAUUUGACUAUUGCGUUUACAUCCGCAUGAGUGGAACCAAAAUUAAAAUUAAAUCCGUAAUUGCGUAACAUUAUGCAGUACAAAUCUUGCUAAAAUAUUGCUACAAUUAUCCCCCUUGAACGACGUCAUGAUGUCAUUAACAUUUAUGACGUGUCGUUUACUAUCAUAGCAACCAGCGUCGUCUUGAAUGAGUGCAGUCUUGAUUACUUUUGCGUGCGUUUUUAAGUAAAAUUUGUUAAAGUUUUUAUUCAUGUUUGCAAAUGUUGGGAAAUAAAUGUUGCAAACCUUCACGUCGUGGUGAACGUCUUCGAGAAUAUCUGAGGCGUCAUUUGCGAAAAUGUUGUUUUCGCAUGCCGAUAGACGAACUGAUGAAGAUUGCUGUUCAAAUCGAGGAUAUUCAAAACGACGUAUAUGAUGAGGUGUCGAACAAUUGUGAUCCAUCCGUCCCGACUAACACAGAACUGACAGUAGAGGACUUGGAGAACAUUGCCUCGUGCAAUGGAACUGUUGUAAAGAGCUCUACAUCACAGCUGCCCGGCAAUUUCAAUACAAAUCGCGCCCAGAUCGGGCCAUCUGUGUACCAGAGUUUCACCAACCCCCGUGAUGCCCUCGGAGACGGGACCUCAAACUCGCACCGCACCCAGGUGCCUCAGAGAAGAGUGGUAACCACCACGUGCCAACGGGAAGAGAUCCUGGACUACUCAGACAGAGUGUGCCGCGUGACCACUACAUUCGGACAUCAAGUGGUCAUCGAUGAGAUCCAAGGAGACCAAAACGACGACGAUAUAGACGGCUUAAUGAACAACAACAACGAGACAUAUUCUCGAGGUUCGCCAGGCAGUCCAACUGCUGGACCCAGCAAUAUAAACACUAACGUGCGCACAAUAAGACCUCUGAUGGUCGAGCCGGUAACCAUGCGCAUGCCUCUCCGCACUGCUUCCAGCCCUGUCAGCGCUGGAGUGACACCGAGAAUGAGCGGCAUGAUGCAGCCGGGAUGCAGAAGAAGGGACACUAGAUGUCCAAGACCGAGCAAACAAUCUUUCCAAGUAGAGGGCCUUGAAUUACAGAACAAGGCUAUGAGCUUCCUAGGAGGUCCGGACAAGGGCAUCACGUGGCCCCAGACCCUGGAGAAACUCGGCAGGCAGGACCAGAUCUACUAUGUGUCACAGUUCAUGAGAAGCAUGAUCUUUAAAACGAGACUCGACCGGAAACUGAGCGGGGGCACCGCCUGGCGGAAUGGGCUGACUGAAUUUCAAAAGUGGGUCGUUGAACGCGUUGGUACCACGGAGCUAGAAGAUGUACUAAGGCCGUUACCAAAGCGACGAAACCUUGCGAAAUCCAAGGUCAACUGUUGGAGAGAUAUGGCGUUACAAACAAACAGGGACCCGGAUUGAACUGAUGGCCAAUUGAGACACUGGAAUUAUAAACUUUUUUAUGUGAUUAAUCUGAUUAUAUUGUGAUUUAAUUUAUUAUUUUCCGUUGAACGUAUAUUCAUUAACUAUCUUUGAUACGUUUAAUCAAAUCAAAUACAAUUGGCAUUAUGAGAA